UUGAGAACAGACGCUUGUUACUGCUUUCCAAAACCACUCAAUCUAGUUUGAACCUUAUCACCUAAUCAUAUGGUCCUUCGAGCCGGAUCCGAGCAGGUAGCAACCGGCUGACCCUUGCCGUGAGAACAAUGGACGCAAGUACUUCGGCUAUUGAUAUCUAUGGAUUGGUGCAUCUUUUAAGUGAAUUCAACUUAUUACGAGAAUAUCACUUAGAAAAUCGUUUUGAAGUUUGUGGUUUUAAAGACAUUUGUAAUACGUAUUGACUGGAUUUAAAAAUACAAAGUGACGAACUAUGACUAAUAAGGAAGACAUAUGCAGUGUACUACAAGAAAUGACGGAUUUACUCAAGAAAGCUAAGGUUAAUUUGAAGAAAUGCCCCAAACAAAGACUUACCAAGGGUUAUAUACAAACACGUAUACAGAGUAUCGAAGAAUAUUGGAGUACAUUCAAAAGGUCUCAUAUAGAAUUGGUGAAGAUAAUACCUCGCGAGCAACGUGGCGCACUUACGUAUUUUAUAAAUGAAGAUUACUAUACGGUUGAAGAUUUAUACCACGACAUGCUCGCCGAUCUUAAGGACAUGCUAUCUCAGUUCGAAAUAGUAGUGACGUCAGAUCGAAUGUCAAACCCCGUCGUAUCUGUAUCUACGGAAAAGCAAACACAAGUAAAAUUACCACGCAUUGAGUUACCUGUUUUCUCCGGCAAUUAUGAAGAAUGGCCCACCUAUAAAGACUUGUACAUAUCACUCGUGCACAAUAAUUCGUCACUCACCAACGUUCAAAAACUUCAUUACUUGAAGACCAGCAUCACGAGCGAAGCAGCUGCAUUACUUAGGCACAUACAAAUCACGGAUACAAAUUAUGCACUGGCAUGGGAAGCAUUACAACGACGGUAUGGCAACAAACGUUUAAUAGUGAAUUCAUUACUGAAGCGAUUUUUUAUGCAAAAGAAAUGUUCUACACAAACUGCUUCACAACUCAAGAGCCUAUUAGACACUACGAACGAAAUUUUAAAUAGUCUGCAAAAUCUUGAUAUUACUACCGGCUCUUGGGAUCCUUUAAUCGUCUUUCUGGUUGUACAGAAACUGGACCCAGAGUCACACAAGGAGUGGGAAGAAUUUGCACUUACCGAAAAUAGAGAAGAGCUAUCGAAGUGGAGUGAUUUGAAUAAAUUUUUGGAGUCCAAAUUUCGGACGUUGGAGCUAGUCGCACCGUCUACUGCUAAGAAUACGAGAGAACGAGCAUUCCAUGUGUCUACAGAGUCACCUACAUCUACAUCAGAGAAAUCAUGCAUCAUGUGUUCGGAAAAUCAUGCUUUAUGCCGUUGCGUUAAGUUUGUGCAGAUGCAACUACCUGAAAGAAGUCAAUACGUACAAAGUAACAAGCUCUGUUUUAACUGUCUGACUCCAGGACAUGCAGUAAGAAAAUGCCGCAAUAGAAUGUCCUGCAGGAAGUGCAACCGUCGCCAUCACACAUUGUUACAUCAACCGAGCAGAGACGGUCAGUCAGACAGUGCCCAUCACAGUCAUGUAGAGGAGGAGCUAAGUCAUGCAACAGAGAUUGAACCCGAGGUCGCAAUAUCAACGCAUUUCGUAUCAGAGAAAUCCACGGCCUUGCUCGCCACAGCAACGGUCAUAGUUAACGAUGAUAGAGGACAUAUUACAAUAUUGCGCGCCUUAGUUGAUAAUGGCUCACAAGGCAACUUCAUUACUGAACGAGCUGCGCAACUCCUGAAACUAAAGAGAAUUCCCAUAAAAGGAACCAUCACUGGUGUUGGCAAUACGAAGACUACAGUUGAGCAGAUGGUACGAAUUCGUAUACAGUCUAGAUACGACAAGGAAUUUACCCUCACCGUGGACACUUAUGUCAUGCCUACAAGGUUAACAUCGCAGCUACCAUCCAAUACAAUUACAAUCAACACACACACCUGGCCACACUUACGAGGGCUCACCCUGGCCGAUCCUAGUUUUCACUCACCAGGGCGAGUAGACAUGGUGCUAGGCGUAGAAGUUUGUGCCCAAAUCAUGAAAUCGGAGAUUCUGAAAGGUCCACCUGGCUCUCCAUGUGCCCAUAAUACAAGUUUGGGUUGGAUCCUGUUUGGAAAAGUACAAGCACACUCUUCAGAGACAGAAAUGAUUGUGAUGCAUCACCAGUGCAAUCUAGACGACAUGUUGAAGAUACUAUGGGAAGUCGACACAGACACCAAGAGCAUACUUACCAAAGAAGAAGAAGAAUGCGAGAGAAUAUACAAUAACACACAUACAAGAGAUAAAACUGGGCGUUACAUAGUUAAACUUCCAUUCAAGGUAGAUAAUCCACAAUCUCCGGAAGGAAACACGAAGGUAGGAGCUAUGAAGAGAUUAUUGCAACUAGAAAGAAGAUUUAAAGGGAAUGAACACUUCAGAGAAGAGUACACCAAGGCAAUAAAUGAAUAUAAUACACUGAAAUAUAUGGAAGAAGUUAAAGAAUCUGAUAUUGACAUACCAGCUGUAUACUUACCACAUCAUGCGGUGUUUAAAGAAUCCAGUGAGAGUACCAAGAUAAGACCAGUAUUUGAUGCCUCGCACAAGGGCACCAAUAAUAUAUCCCUUAACGAUGAGUUACUAGUGGGGCCUCAACUACAAGAUGACGUUCGAUCUUUGGUUCUAAGAUGGCGCAUGAAGAAGAUAGCAUUCACUGCAGACAUUCAAAAAAUGUAUCUUCAAGUUCUGGUUGCAAGGGAAGAUGCAGAUUACCAAAGAAUUCUUUGGCGUAAUAGUAGCAAUGAUCCAAUCAAAGAAUAUCGUCUCCUCCGAGUCACAUUUGGCACAGCAAGUGCCCCCUAUCUUGCUGUCCGAACCCUUCAUCAGUUGGCUAAUGACGAAGGGACAGAUCAUGAGGCUGCUGCUGAAACAAUAAAAAAGGACUUUUUUAUGGACGAUCUCAUGUGCUCUAAAGAUACAGUUGAAGAAUCAGUUGAGAUAGCCAAGACUGUGAGCAGUAUUUUGAGAAAGGGAGGUUUUGUUUUACAAAAAUGGGCAUCGAAUAGCUCCGAGUUUCUUAAACAAUUUAAUCCAGAUGAACUCAGCUCACAUGUUACAAUGAAUAUAAAGCUUGAUGGCUUGAUAAAGACAUUGGGUUUAUCCUGGAAUAUGGGAAAGGAUGAAUUAGAAUAUCAUUUAAACUUACCUGAUUUACCUGAAGUAGUCACGAAGAGAAAUAUACUUUCUGAAGUUCAACGAUUAUACGACCCCCUUGGCUGGCUUGCUGCUGCACUAGUACCUGCAAAACUAAUAAUCCAAAAACUGUGGUUGCAGAAAAUGGGCUGGGAUGAAGAGAUAGAUCCUGCAACUAAAGAAGAAUGGUUAAAAAUACGAGAAAGUCUCAAGGACGUUAAUUUGAUAAAAAUAAAAAGAUGGAUAGGAGUCACUGAUAAGAAUGAAAAUGAACUUACCAUACAUGGUUAUUGCGAUGCUUCCGAAAAGGCAUAUGGAGCCGUAGCUUACCUGAGAGUUCAAGAUGAGAAUGGUGAAUAUAAAACUAAUAUAAUUGCAGCCAGAACAAAGGUGGCACCUAUCAAGGCUUUGUCUCUCCCGAGAUUGGAAUUGUGUGGUGCUGUUCUCCUGUCAAAACUCUUAAGGCAAAUAAGCGAAGCAAUGGGUAUACCAACCAACCAGAUAUUUUGUUGGACUGAUUCCACAAUUGUACUGUCAUGGCUACAGGGAGACCCGAAUAGAUGGCAGACCUUCGUUCGCAACAGGAUAAUCACCAUACUUGACAAUAUCGGAAACAAAUGGCAUCAUAUAAAGUCACAACAAAACCCUGCAGAUAUCGCGUCGAGAGGAAUUUUGGUAUCUGAACUGUCUAGGUUUUAUAUUCAGUACACUGGCCACUAA